CCUGCUCUUUAGCCCCUGAGGGCCGGGGCAGCCUCCUCAGCCGUGAGAAGCCCCCCUCCCCAGAUUGGGGAGGGGAGAGAGCCGGCCCCCACCCUCACAGGAGACUCGGAGACCUGAUUGGUCACAAUGUGAUGGCGAGCGAGCCACCUGCUCAGACUUCCCGGGUGACACGCACAAGCUCCCGCCUGACCUCCGGCCCCUGGAAACGCCCGGCUGCCCUGGUCGCUUCUGUGGCUCCCAGCCGGCCCCGCUUCUGGGAGGGGCAGGAUGUGCUGGCCCGCUGGACCGAUGGCCUGCUCUAUCUGGGUACCAUCAAGAAGGUGGAUGCUUCACGGCAGGUUUGCCUGGUGCAGUUUGAGGACAAUUCCCAGUUCCUGGUGCUCUGGAAGGACAUUAACCCUGCCGCCGUGCCUGGAGAGGAGCAGAUCUGCUGCGUGUGUUACUCGGAGUCCGUAAGCCCAGAGAACCAGUUGGUGCGGUGUGAGAAAUGUGGGCACACCUACCAUCAGGAGUGUCACCUGCCCAGAGUGCUGGAUGCGAGCAGCGAUGGGGCUGGGGUGCUUGGUGCAUGGAUGUGCCGGCAGUGUGUCUUCGCUGUGGCCACCAAGAGGGGUGGUGCACUCAAGAAAGGCCCCUAUGCCAAGGCCAUGUUGAGCAUGAAGCUGGUGCUGCCCUAUCAGCUCAAGGCUCUGGAGUGGGAUCCAGCACACCUGACCAAUCGGCAGCAGUGUUACUGCUACUGUGGAGGCCCUGGAGAGUGGAACCUGAAGAUGUUGCAAUGCUGCAGCUGUGCCCAGUGGUUCCAUGAGGCAUGUACCCAGUGUCUGAGCAAGCCACUGCUUUAUGGAGACAGAUUUUAUGUCUUUGAGUGCUGUGUCUGCACUGGGGGCCCUGAGAGCGUACGGAGACUUCCCCUGAGAUGGGUGGACGUGGCCCAUCUCAUUCUCUAUCAUCUUAGCAUCUGCUGCAAAAAGAAAUACUUUGACUUUGAGCGGGAGAUUCUGCCAUUUGCCAGCGAGAACUGGGACAACCUGCUGCUGGGAGAGCUCUCAGAUACACCCAAGAGGGAUCGGUACAGCCAAUUGCUGAGUGCCCUGAGCAGCCACAAAGACAGGUUUAUUUCAGGGAAGGAGAUCAAGAAGCGGAAGGGCUUUGGGCUCCACAUACGAGUGCCACCUCCUGCACCUCAGUGCCCUGGGGGCCAUGGUGGCUCCACAGCUCAGCAGCCCCAGGGGCAGCCCCCUCUUACUGACAGCAGCUUCCUUUCAGGGCAGGGCAGCAGUGGGGCAGGGCGCCGGAGGCUACGGAGGCGCAAAGUCCCCCCAGAACCUACAGACACCAUGGAACUGAGGAGCAGCAGGGAGAAGUGGCAGCUGGACAGAGCCCUCACCCAGGAGGUGGUGGAGACCCCAGUCAGUGCUAGCCAGACAUACUGUGGCUACAGUGGCACCUCCAGCACCUACAACUUCCGCCGCACUGACGCCCGCUGCCUGGAAAGUGCUCCCAUCAGGAUGUUUGCCUCCUUCCACCCAUCUGCUAACACUGCCCGGACCCUGAGGAGCACCACUGCCAGCCCGGACUCCCGUGAAGCACCUGCGCCAGAGAGCGAGAGCCCUGAGCCCCCUGCCCACACUCCACUGCCCCAUGCAAACUACCCAGCCCCCACCACCAAGCACCAGCUGGAGCCCCUAGCCUCCCCUUCCUCCUCCAGUGCUCUGUGCCCAGGUCCUGCCCCCACCAGCAGCAGCUACUUUGGAGCCAUGGGGCGCCUGGCUCGUGGGGAGGCUGUCCGCAUCCUGGCCCGCAGGGUCACCCUCGAUGGCACUGUCCAGUACCUGGUGGAAUGGGGUGGAGGGGGCAUGUUCUGAGUGGGAGGGGAAGUGCUAGAGACAGCCCCUCUAUUGGGGCUGCAAAGAGUUGGCCUUC